AUGUCAUCCCUCUACUAUCCGACGUCAUUAUUUCGGCCGCCAUCUCCAGAACCAGUGCCUCCGUACGAACCGCCUCAGGGCUGGUAUGGAGAGGAGUCGGAUUAUGCCGAAGUUGUGAUCACAAACAGGUCCGAUGGAAGAUACGCGGAGAUCCCCGAGUAUAGAGGAACCAAGCAUUACGAGAAGCCGUUCUGUAAGAAAGUUUAGGGCUGGAAAAGUCAAAAUUUCCCUGCAAAAAGUUAAGAAAAAGGAUUUUUUAAAAUAACUCAAUUAUCUAGAUCUUAUAAUCUCCAUAAUUCCGAAAAUCUCCCUUUGAAUCUCUCAAGAUUCUUUUUUUCCUGCGGAGGCAAGGUGGUCAGCGGAACGUUUCUCCCCUUCUUUAUAACCUUCUUCCUUUUAUAACAUUAUUCUUCCCACUUGGUAGGGAAUAAAUUCAUAAAUGGGGGUUUCUUCGCCCAAAACGAGGGCGAAUUACUCUUGAAAAAAGGUGUUACAAAGCGGGGUUUUGAGGGAUUCGCCUUCCGAGACUUUUCUUUGAUCAGAAAGUUUUGAGAAAAAAGGCGGAUUUCAUUGAAAAUAUGACUUUUCAAGGGUAGUUUUUUCAAAUUUUAAAGGAAGAUGGGCUAAUCACCCCUUAGGCAAACAGAUUUAAAAGCUGAUUUUAUUCGUUUUUAAGAGGGAUUUUUUCCUUUCAAAGGGGAAAUUUGAAUAAAAAUGGGAUUUAUUUUAUUUUUUGAUGAUUUUUGAUGUCAAAUAUUAGGGUGAAAAAGUAAAAAUAUUCACUUGCUUUCGAUACUAAAUUUGCAUAACAAUACCGCCAAAAGUCUUUCCGAAGCAAUAAAACUUUAGAAACCCCCGAAAGAUAAUGAUCUUGUUUGAAAAAAGCCUUGAGAUUACGAUCAAAAACACAUAAAUACCUUUCUUAGAGGUUCCGAACUGUCCGAAAGCCGAAGGGAAUCUUUGGAAUUGCUAGAGUCAAAGACUGGGCUUUCCGCAUUUUUAGUAGAUUUUAGUUUUUUAAUAAUGAUUUUUGUGUUUACUUACGUUGAAAAAUUGCUGAAGGUCCUAAAAUACGACUUAGAAGGCGGUAUGACAAUUAUUGUAACUUUUUUUAUUUUUUUAUAUUAUCCAUGACCUCGUAAACCGAACAUUUUCUUUUCCAAAAAGCGCUCUUUUUCGGUUUACGACCUGAAGACGGGAAUUUGCAUAACGGAUAUUCCCCUUUUCGAAUAUUUUUACAACCUUUUCGCGCGUCGCAAAGAGGUUUACCCACCGGUUUCGACCUUGAUUUUACCCUUGGCCAAACUUCCGCUCGAGUUUUGCGGGGAGAUUUUUAGAGCGAAAACUUCAAAUUUUUAUUCGGAAGGGAAUUUUUAAAGAGGGUUUGGGCUGAUUAAUUAGAGAUGAUUUGGUUGUAAUGACUGAAAAUUGAUCGAUUUUUGUUUUGAUAUUCGAUUUUUGCAAUAAAAAAUUUAUUUUUUUUUAUUGUAGACGGUUCUAAAUCUUAUUUCAAGAUUUAUUUUUGAUAAUUCAGGCUUAUUUUACAAUAUAUUUCCAUACUUUUGGCACAAUUCCAAUCCAAUUCUUUUGACUAAAAUGGGAGUUUCUGAACAAAAUUCACAUCUUUUUCCUUUUUUUGACAAUUUCAUCCCUUUUUUCAAGCCAAACUCAAUUUUAUUUUAAUUUUAUUUAAUGAAAAACUAGAGGAAAAUAAGAACUUCUUCAAAAAACUUUCAUUUUGAGGAAGAUUUCUCGGCGCCGGAAGGCAAAUCCCCGAUGGCCAUUUCCGUGUUUGAUGAAAAAAAAAGUUGCAGUGUGCAUUUCAAAAAAACGUUGGACAUUGGUUUUUAUAAAAACGAGUGGUUGGAGAGCUAAAUUUUGUUUCAGUAAUUUUGAAUUUUCGGAAAAUUUGAAUAUUUUUUUUUUGAAUUUUUGACAAUUUGAAUACAUAUUUUUGUUAUGAAAAGUUAUACAGAAACUAAGUUUUCGGUGACAUUUGACAUUAGAAUAUUCAAAUUUUCGAAAAUUAAGGUUUUAAUAAUUUCAAAUUUAAAAAUUAAAGCUUUAAGAGAUUUUAAAAACGAAAUAUUAAAUUUUUCCAAACGUAAUUUGCUUUUUUCAGUCUCGAAACUCGAAGAUCUGGACUAUCAAUUCAGGGUCACAGCCGCAAAUCCAGCUGGAUUUGGCCCACCAUCACAGAGUUCACUGCCGGCUUCUACUUUGAUUCAGACAAGGUCAACGAUCCCUGCACAGAGUAAGAAGAAGUUGGUUUUUAAUAAAAACGCCUAAGGCGUUACUUUCAUAUUUUUUUGACAAAAUCUCAUUUUUAGCACUCCUUCUUCCACGAAUAGUCUUAGUUGAUCAAGACCGUGUUAUUCUCGAGUGGGAUCGACCACUAUCGUCUUCUCCCUACAGUAAGAUUGUUGGUUUUACAGUCGAAUAUCGCCCUUCUGGAGUCAGUUCUUGGAUUCAGGCGAACGAUUAUCCAGUCGACACAAACCGCUACGAAGGUAAGUAAUUUUGGGAAUUUUUGAUGACACAAAGCAAGAGGAACUUUUUCUUUGGCAUGAAUUUUUAGGGUAGCCUUUACUGAAAUUUGGUUUUGAUAAUGUUUUUGAUCGAUUCUCGUCAAAAAAUCCAAUUUUUCAGUGCUUGGUCUGCGUCCCCUCGGAGAAUAUGAAUUUCGCGUUGUAACUCGCUAUGACGAUGGCAGCAAGAUCCCCAGUCCCUCCACUGGCGUGAUCCGCCUCGAGCCCCAGCAACAAGUAAUCACCGGCCAAAUCGACCGUUCAUUGCCGACGCCUGGUCGUCCCGAGGUUCAAGAAUCGGACCGAACUUGGGUCCGACUUCAUUGGAAUCCCCCUGAGGGCAUUGAUCGACUGCCCCUCCUGGUCUACAUCGUGGAAGUGAAGGACGUUGCGGACUCGGAGUGGUUCGUUGUGGGCCCGGAACCCAUCCCCACCAACGAAUUCAUCGCCGAUAAUCUUCAGCCGGACGCUGGUUACGAGUUCCGAGUUAGUGCAAUGCUGGCCGAUGGAACACAGUCCGUGCCGGGCCCAGUUUCGGAGAUUAUUCGACUAGGCCAAAUGCAUCCCCAUUAUGCGGAGGUGGACGGAUUUGGGCCAAGGAAUGGGCAUGCCAGAGUGCCUGAAAGACCCGCACCACCAGAAUAUUUGGAUUUCGAUGGAGGAAACAGCGUCACCUUGUGCUGGCUGCCGGCGAAAAGCACUUUGCCGGUUUUGGUAAGUGAUAAAUUCAAAGGAUAAUAAGAGUCAUUAGGGAUAAACAAGUGAUCGCUGCACCCGUGUUUAACAAGUAUACUGAUCUUUUUUUAAUUUUUGAUGACUUUUCGAACUUCCGUAUCACAAAACGCUCUCAUGUUGCAGCUGUGGCUCUGCAGUUUUCCGAAAGUUUUUAAAAUUGGGAUCAAAAGCAGAAACUUCAAGAAAAACUAUCUAGUAUCAAAUUCUUCCUUCCAAAAAUCAAAGUUUAGGCUUUCAAGAGCAAUUAAUAGAUCCUAAUACUAAUAUCAGAAUCUGUCCUUUGAAUUUUCCCAUAAAAACAACUCAAAUCGCCUCCUAAUUGCCCAGAAAAUAGCCGGAUGAUCCUCGAGAGUCGAACGCCAUUUGAUGGAAUGCUGUUUUUAUGACAUAAAAAUUCGCUUAAACUCCCAUUAACGCCAUUUUAUGAGCGAUCAUCGCUCAAACCGGCGAAAGGUGUGGCCAUUUCGAACAGUUGACCGGGAGGGAAGGUCCAGUUACAAGUACUUGAACAAGGUUUUGCGGGUGAUUUCAAGGCGAGCAGGGGUUUGUAAAUUGAUGUUUGAGGAGGGUACCGUCUUAAGAGGAGAUAGGAAUUUGCGAUUUUUAGGGGGAAAGUCAAGAAAAAAUAAGAAAAUUAGCUUCUUUUUACGUUUUAAAACCACAAUUACCUUCACUUAAAAUACCAUACUUUCCCUAUUUUUCCCUAGUACCUUAUUUUUUUAGGGAUACGACGUUGAAUUCCGUGAUAUCAUGCAAGAUUCUGCAUGGUACAAAGUCACGGAUGCCUUGAUCAGAUCUUGCAAGACCACAGUCGGCUAUCUUAUCCAUGGUCAUCAAUAUCAAUUCCGAGUCUUGGCAAAGAAUGCUCAUGGAUUUUCGGAGCCGUCAGAUCCGUCUCCGCUGAUCACUAUUGGAUCCUUAACAAGUAAAUUUUUUGUACAAAUACUUUUUUUUUUAUUUUUAUAAUCUUUGACGGCCAAUCUUUUUUAUAUUUAAAUCGGAAAUUUGAGCCGGAGGCUAUGAAUAAUCACUGAAAAAAGGAGCUGUAAUAGAUAUGAUAGAAUGGAAGUUUUGGAAGAACUAUGCCUUAUUCGAGAUUUUUUGACGGAAAUUUUUUUCUUUCACGGGAAAUUUGCGUUUAAAAAGUGCUGUUUAUGGCCGAAGAAUCUCAGAUUUUGACUUUUUGAUGAUUAUUUGGACUAAAAUUUUUUGGCUUCAUUCUGCAAGAAAAAGGCGUGUUCGAUUUUUGGUGGAAUCUUUUUAAAAAAGCGCAUUUUUACCUUAAAAAUCUAAUAUUUUGAUGACUUUUCGCUGGCUAAAUUAUCAUAUCAUUAAGAUUAAGAAACUCCUGAAAAUUGUCUUUUAUCCUACGAAUUCUUCGUUUAUAUUUCUAAAAGAUUAUAAUCGUCAACGUCUUUCUUGUUUUUCCUCUAAAAUCCACGAACUUCCCCUCCGAAUCCACAGAAUUAUGCAAUUUCCCAUCGCAAUCGAGGGCAAACGCUCGGAUGCAUCCGGAAUUAUAUUGUCUUAUAAUUAUUUUGCACUCAAGGCGAUGUUUUUUAUUUUUCCUUGUAGUAAUUUUGGUUGCUUUAUAUGGCGAUUUCAGAGGACACCAAAUAUUUGGAGGCGGAGCGGCACGGAGCCAUUUCUUUGCUCCAGGACGAGAUGAUUAGAGAGAGUCCCCCCUUGCCCGACCGCGACGACUCUCCCCCACCCAUGUAUCGACAACCAAACAGUUCAAGUUGUAGGUUUUUGGGGAGAGAAUUAAAUUUUUUAAUUCCAAAAAUUGAAAACUUUUUUUUAUAUUUGACGAAAAGUUCCUAAAUUGGCCACAAAUGAGGGGCUAAAAGUUAACCCCCAAAAAAGGAGAAAAUCCACAAAUUUAAUUUUUUUCAUAAAAUCGUCAAAAUACUUUCAGUGCAAUGGCGAGAUCCCACGCUCAAAGAAGUAAUCGAAUACCUCAAAAGCAAUGACGAAGAGGUUGUGAAAGACGCCUCAGGCUAUUUGCAGCAUCUCACAUACCACAACGACCUCAUCAAAGAGGACACUCGGCAGUAUGGUGAGAUUUCUUACAUCUGUUGUCUAGUAUCAUAUAAUUUUUCUCCAAACAUUGCUUUUAUCCUCAACUUUUAGGUGGGAUUCCCUUAUUAAUCAAACUUUUGCAACACCCCAACUCCGAGAUUGUCCGAAAUUGCUGCGGAUCGUUGAAAAAUUUAUGCCAUGGAAAGGAGAAUGAUGUCAAUAAGAAAGCAAUAAAUGCGGAUGGCGGAAUAAAAGCCCUGGGGCAGGUGCUCAAAACUACCUCAAGUGUUCAUGUCCGGGAAGAAGCAACUGGCGCGUUGUGGAAUAUUUCGUCCUGCGAUGUGAGAUUUUUGAUUUUUUUAUUUUUUUCGCGCACAGGGGAUACUUUGUAUUUUAAACCGCACUGUGCCGAUUUGUCUGCGCCGUGCAAACAAUUUUAAAAAUUUACGAAGAAAAAAAUGUGCACAGUGCAGAACUUUUUUUUAUUUUUAGUCCGCAUUAUGCAGAUUUUUCGAAAAAUUUGCACCGUGAAAAAUUUCCACCUACUCCGGCCGGGCCGGGCCGGGCCGGGCCGAGAAAAUUUGAAGGGGGCCGGGGCCGGGCCGACCUCUUCCGGCCCCCGGGCCGGGCCGCGAUUUUCGGCCCGGCCCGGCCCCCCAGCCAUGUCUAGUUGGACGGUGCAUUUUUUGACUUGAGAUUGCACUGUGCGAUAAAUUUUUUAUUUGUUUAACCAAAAAGGGUCACUUUUAAUGCAUAGAUUCAAAAAAAUUUCUUGCACAGUGAAAAUUUUUACCGAUACUAAAAUAAUUCUUUCAGGACCUAAAAGAGCCUGUUUUCCACCAAGUCGCCGACCUCGUUGUCUCCAACGUUGUUGUCCCCAGCUCCGGCGUUCAACAUAAUCAAGCGCCCGAGCAUGGGAAGCACGGAACUGCGGGAGUCUUCCGAAAUGGCACCGGGAUCCUUCGAAAUGUCUCCGCCGCCUCCGCCGAGAUUCGAAAAUUGCUGCGAGUAGUGCCAGGACUCAUCGAAGCCCUUCUAUUCUUCCUUAAAGCCGCGUUGGAUCGACAACAAGUGGACAAUCAGGCGGUGGAAAAUGUGGUUUCCUUGUUGAGGAAUUUGAGUUAUCGAGUGCAAGAAGUGGUCGAUCCAAAGUACGAUCCCAGAUUACAGACACCCAGAAGUGGAAGGGAACGGAGUAAAAGUGCGCCACAUAUGAGCCCUAAGGCCAAGAAGAAGGGGUUGUUCAAGAAAGGGAAGAAAGACGAGGUGCAGAAUGGAAAGGUUACUGUAAGUGUACAUUUCGUGAUUUUCACAGGCAUUUUUUCGACAAUAAAUGCGCAAAAAAAAGGUGUCGAAUUUACGUAGUUUCAUGAAAUAAUCACCUCAAUUCCUUCUUUUUUUAGGGCCCACCCCUUCUAUGGCAUCCAGACACCGUCGAGCUCUACCUCCGGCUUCUCCAAGAAGCCUCUCGUCCAGAAGUCCUUGAAGCCAGUGCUGCUGCCAUUCAGAAUCUCGCUGCCUGCGCGUUCGAAGGCUCUGUUCAAACCCGUCAAACCGUCCGAACUCUGAAAGGCCUGCCAAUUCUGGUCGAACUCCUCAAACUUCAUGACGACAAAGUGGUUUGCGCAGUAAUGACAGCACUGCGAAAUCUCUGCAUUGAUCCGAAAAACCUCGAAUUAGUUGUCAAAUAUGGAAUGCGAGAUUUGUUGGGCAAGUUGCCCGCGCCCGGGCAGGAAACUCGGAAUUCGGAGACCUCGGACAGCACGAUCGGAGCGGUCCUCGGAAUCCUCUGGGAAGCGGCCAGAUCGAGUGUGGAGUUGACCAAGGCAAUCCACGAGAAUGGAGGGAGCGAUCGCCUCAGGGCUUUGGCCAAAAGCUAUCCAUUGUAUGGCAAGAGAGUCUGCAAAUAUGCAACACAAGUGCUCUUUUUGAUGUGGCAACAUCGCGAACUCCAAGACGGAUUCCGUCGAGCUGGCCUCAAGGAGGGAGACUUCUAUGCCGGCACAAUUCAUCGACGUGGAAGGUCGGCAGCCCCCUCAAGUGAUGUGGCAACACUUCGAAGACCGAUUUCAUCGCAAGGAAAUGAACGCCCGGCGCAUUUGAAGAGCGAAACGGCCGAUGAAACUAUGGAUAGUGGAAGAUAUGGAUAUGAGACGCUAACACCGACCGGUCGAAGGGCAUCCUCGGCCAGAUAUGCGGAUUACUCACCAAUGAGUCCGAGUGAAAAUCGAUCAAUGAGCGCAAGACCCGAUCCUGGACUUUAUGCGGUAGGUUUGCGAAUUGUAAGAUGAUUCAUUGGUGUGAUUGCAAAGUUCGGGCUAAAAUCUCCUUAUAAAUAAGUGUUGUUGCGCGAGAGAAAUAGAUCCCAAACUGCAUACAAUAAACUCUAAUAUCCCCUUAUUUCAGCCAGGAGAGCCCCUCUACGCCGCUGUCCACAAGAAACAGAUCGACUCAGCGCGUCGUGGAUCCAUCGGUGGUGACAGCUGGGUGUAA